AUGGCUGAGCUUCCCCCGCUGGCUCCAGUGCCCUCCCCCGCAGUGCGGAGGACAAUCCCAUCGAAUGAUUGGGACGCUUGCCUAGAUGCAUGGAUGACCUUGUUGGGCAUCCGUCUAAAUAUCUCCGAUAAGCAGUUCAGAGACGUGGCCGCUCAAGAUGCAUCCGCGCCCGCAUUCCUGGGAUCUUACUAUCAGUACGCCGCAGCGGGGGACUCUAGUUUAAAGAGUGGACCUAAAGCUCGACAGCUUCGGAAGCUUUGCUUUUUAGCAACAAGGCGGUACCUGCUUGGUCUAUCAAACCCACCAGAUGGACUACUGGACUGGAGACUCCUCGGUGACCUAUGCUGCUGCUACCCUUCCAGCACGGUUCUCAAAACGUCAUUAUCAAAUGCCUGGGAUCUACACCAUGACAAGAUCACCUCCAGCAUUGAGAAGGCAAAGGCCAUCAUCAUCAAGAACCUCUCUUCAGCAAACUCGUUCUCCAAUCCUGAAGUCAUCUCAGACAUCCGCCGCUUAACUAUCCUUGCCUCCGUGCUUCCAGCUUCAGGCCAGGUGCUUAUGGCGGGUUCUGACUUCCUGGAUACGGUAUCAGAAGCUUACCAAUCCAAAAGUGCUAGAGAAGAGUUCCGGAAGAUUCUGGUUGCGAAUAUCUUCGUUGGAUUGAUCUCUUUGUUGAAGGAACAAUCUGCCAACAUGUCAUUGUUAUUGGAUCAGUUGUUCGGUCUCAAAGCCGCUGCCCGAGUGGGAACGCCGAAGAUGAAAAAAGAGGCGACACUGCUAUCAGACCUUGUAUGCAGCUCGGACUUGCUUCUUCGGCUAGAGAAGUAUCUUACCAAUCACCCCCAGAAACGGGGAGAGGAUCUUCUCUCCAGCUUGCGCGCCUACCAAGUGGAAUCCAAAUCGCUCCACCAUCGGUAUCAAAGACGGAAGAAGCUGGACAAAGGCAAAGAUGUAUCUUCAGGGGUCCUCAUCCCAGAGGAGCUUCACGCACACAAGAUGUCCCUUGUCACCCAAGUACAAGACCUUUUCCCCGAUCUUGGCUCGGCAUUCGUUGUACGGCUAUUAGAUUUCUACAACGACAACCCUGAAACAAUCGUCGCACACCUCCUCGACGACUCACUCCCUCUAGAGCUCCAGUCUCUAGAUCGAUCGGAGCAACUAGCCCCGACAGCAGAACCACACCAUAGCCAUCUCUCACCACAACCAACGCCACCCGCCCUGCACUCACCCCAACCGGAAUCCUUCCCAAUCCGAAAGAACGUCUUCGACAAUGACGUCGAUAUCGCCGAAUUGAGCCGCUCAGACGAAGCAGCAGGCAAAGGCAAACUACACUUCGGCCGCAUCGACGCAGACCAAACGGCCGACACAGUCCUAGCAGAUCGAAGCCACCACGCCGCAAACAAAGCAGCGAUCCUCUCCGCACUAGCAACAUUUGACUCAGACGACGAUGAACGCGACGACACCUACGACGCAGCCGAUGUAGGCGGCACCGUGGAUGGCGUGACGACCGGUACAGACGCCGAAGCCGACGCAGCUGUACAAACCCGCCGCGCAGCAGAUCUCGACAUGACCCUCUUCCGAACAUACAAGUCCAACCCCGGCCUGUUUGCCCGAGAUUCGACCACCCGCCGCUCGCAGCCGCGUGCGUCGCUGAAACGGGAAACCGAAAUGACGGACGAGGCUAUUGAAGGAUGGGCUGUUAUGCUCACGCGUGAUCCUAGACGGCUUGCCAAACUCGAGGACCGGCUGGCUAUGGACGCUAGCGGGUCUGGUGGUGGCGGUGCUUUGAACCAGCCCGAGUUGCGUUCUACGUCUUAUCGGAGGCCGCAGCCUCGUGAGGAUGGCGAGGACGGCUCUGAUGAGGGUGAGUCUUCUGGUCAGGCUGGUUUGCGUGGUCGAGGUGGUGGUGGAAGAGGUGGAAGGGGACGUGUAGGUCGUGGACGUGGUGGGCGUGGUGGUGGGUCUGCUCCGACUGGGGGUCAGGCUCAGCCGGAUUCUGCUGCGUCGCGGCAAAGAAAAGAGGCUAAUAAGGGGAGUCGGGCGAAUCAUAAUCGUCGACAACAGCAUGCGAAGAAGAUGGCGCGUGGGGGUGGAAUGCCUGGCUAA